UUUGGGGUGCGCGGAGGUACGCGCGAGGUGUUGUGCCGACUCUGUGGGUACCAAAACUCGAGUUUUGCUCAAGCAUCUGUAAGUGAAGCGUCAGUGGGGUCCCACACUAUGGGACAAACCUCUCUGGAGUGGCCCCUGCUGGGGCUGCUUUGCCUAUUCUUCUUUGCGGCGGCCGACACCGGUCUGCAGGGGCCCGUGUUCGUCCUGGAGCCGCCCAACAAGAUCGACUUCAGCAACUCGACCGGCACGGUGGUGGAGUGCGCGGCACGCGGCUCGCCGCCGCCGCGCGUCACCUGGGUGCGCGGCGACGGCCAGCCCGUGGACGACGUCACCGGACUGCGACAGGUGUUCUCGAACGGCACGCUGCGGUUCCUGGCGUUCCGCGCCGAGGACUACCGCCAGGAGAUUCACGCCCAGGUGUACCGCUGUUUGGCCAACAACUCGGAGGGCUCGGUGGUGUCUCGCGACGUGCACGUCCGAGCAGUGGUGGCUCAGCAGUACUCAGCCAGCGUCAACCCCGUGUACGUGGUGGCCGGGAACGCGGCCGUGCUGCGCUGCGAGCUGCCCAGUCACGUGGCCGACCUGGUGACGGUCACCUCGUGGGUCGACGGCGACGGCGCCGUCUUCUUCCGCUCGGCUGGGGGCGGCGUUAGUGGCGAUGACGGCAAGUACCUGGUGCUGCCGUCUGGCGAGCUGCACAUCCGCGACGUGACGCCCGAGGACGGCCUCAAGUCGUUCCGCUGCCGCACCGUGCACCGGCUGACGGGCGAGACGCGCCUCAGCGCCACCGAGGGCCGACUCGUCGUCUCAGAGCCGGUCUCGGCGUCCGCGCCGUCCGCCGUACCGCUGCUGGACGCGUACCACCAGCAGGCGGGCCGGCCGCUCUCUCUGCUCUGCCCCAGCCAGGCGUACCCUCUGCCCAGGUUCAGGUGGUUCAAGUUUGAGGAGGGCAGCUCGCGUCGGCGGCCCGUUCAGCUGGACGACAGGGUCCGCCAGGUGGCUGGCACCCUCAUCAUCCGCGAGGCGCGCGUCCAGGACUCGGGGAAGUACCUCUGUCAGGUCAACAACACCGUCGGAGGCGAGAGCGUCGAGACCGUGCUCACCGUCACUGCGCCGCUCUCGUCUUCCAUCACGCCGCCGUCCCAAGUGGUCGACUUCGGCAAACCGGCCCAGUUCACCUGCACCUACAAGGGCAACCCCGUCAAGGCCCUCUACUGGAUGAAGGAUGGCGUCAAAAUCGGUCACGACGAGCCGACGCUGUCGAUCCGCGCCGUCACCAAGUCCGACAAGGGCAUGUACCAGUGUUUCGUCAUCAACGACCAGGAGAGCGCGCAGGCGACGGCCGAGCUGCGGCUCGGUGGAAAAUUCGACCCGCCGGCGCUGGUGGAGACGUUCGAGGCCCGCCAGCUGGAGCCCGGCAUCUCCACUCACCUCAAGUGCGCCGCCACGGGCGACCCGACGCCCGAGAUCACCUGGUUCAUUGACGACACGGAGACCACCAGCCGAGACCGGUUCCAGGUGAGCCACUCUCGCGGCCCGGGCGGCACCGUCGUGUCCUUCCUCAACAUCUCCAGCAUCCUGACCAACGACGGCGGCCUGUUCAAGUGCCGCGCCGCCUCCAAGGUGGGCGCCGCCGAGCACCGGGCGCGCAUCGACGUGCGCGGCCUGCCGCACGUCAAGCCCAUGAAGAAGAUGUCGGUGGUGGCCGGCGAGACGCUGAUCAAGACGUGCCCGGUGGCCGGCUACCCGAUCGACACCAUCACCUGGGAGAUGAACGCGCGCGUGCUGCCCCGUGACGCGCGCCAGAAGGUGUUCCCGAACGGCACGCUGAUCAUCACCAACGUGCAGCGCCAGUCGGACCAGGGCACGUACACGUGUGUGGCGCGCAGCACGCACGGAUACAUGGCGCGCGCCAACCUCGAGGUGCUCGUCAUGGUGCCGCCAGAGAUUUUGCCGUUUCCUGUGUCGGACGCGUUGAGCGCGGGGGACGAGGUGUUCCUGCCGUGUAACGUCCACAAGGGCGAUAGGCCGCUGUCGAUCCGGUGGACGUUCCACGGCGGCGAGUCGGCGGUGCUGGAGCGCCAGUUCAGCACGCUGCCGGCCGGCGCCAGGACCAACAUUCUCAUGAUCCCGUCCGUGCAGCACGCCCACUCGGGCCGGUACACGUGCAGAGCGAGCAACGCGGCCGGGGAGACGUCCUACUCCACCAGGCUGGUGGUCAAGGUGCCGCCCCGCUGGAUCAUCGAGCCCACCGACAAGGAGUUCGCGCUGAGCAGCACCGCCGAGAUCCAGUGCAAGGCCGACGGCUUCCCCAAGCCGCGCAUGGCCUGGAAAAAGGCCGCAGGCUCGCGGCCCGAGGACUACCGGGCGCUGGGACACUCGGACAGCAGUAUUCAGGUGCGCGACGACGGCACACUGGUCAUCAACAGCAUCCAGAAGCGCGACGAGGGCUACUACCUGUGCGAGGCCGACAACCAGAUCGGGCCCACACUCUCCGCCGUCAUCUACGUCAACGUACAGGCGCCGCCCCACUUUGAGAUCAAGCUGCGGAACCAGACGGCGCGCCUGGGCGACCCGGCCGUGCUGGUCUGCGAGGCGCGCGGCGAGCAGCCCAUCACCAUCAAAUGGAGCCGUAACGGGGCGGCGCUGAGCGCGCGCGAGCCGUCGCCGCGCUACACGAUCCGCCAGCAGAAGACGGACGGCGGCGCCAGCUCCGACCUCAGCCUGCAGGAGACGAGCCGGCGCGACUCGGCCACCUACACCUGUGUGGCCAGCAACCCGUUCGGCCAGGACAACACCACCAUCAACCUCAUCGUCCAGGAGAAGCCCGAGGUGCCGUUCGCCAUCAAAGUGCUGAACAAGUCCGGCCGCUCUGUGGAGCUCUCCUGGAGCGCGCCCUACAACGGCAACUCGGACAUCUUCCAGUACAUCAUCCAGUACAAAAAGGCCAAGGACGAGUGGGACUCUAAGGAGAUGGAGCGCGUGGUGAUCCCUGGUAAGAUGGAGAUCGUGUCCGUCAUGGACCUCCGGCCGGCCACCGCCUACCAGAUGAGGAUCAUCGCCGAAAACGAGGUGGGCCCGUCGGAGCCGUCGGAGGUGGUGACGAUCGUCACCUCUGAGGAGCCGCCGGCCGGGCCGCCCACGGCCGUGGUGGUGGAGCCGCUGGAGCGCGGCCUGCUCGUCACAUGGAAACCGCCCAGCGACGAGCUGCUCAACGGGGAAGUGCUGGGCUACUACGUGGGCCACCGCCUGUCCAACAGCAAGAACAGCUUCUCCUUCCAGACCUUCGAGUUCGCCAACGAAGCCACCCGCAAACACCAAGUCAGCAUCACCAAACUCGAGGAGUUCCGCGAGUACGAGGUGGUGGUGCAGGCGUUCAACAGCCAGGGCUCUGGGCCGCAGUCGGAGGAGCAGCGCCAGUUCACGGCCGAGGGCGUGCCGUCGGCGCCGCCGCAGGAGAUCACAUGCCGCACGCUGACGUCGGACUCGAUCCGCGCCAGCUGGACGCCGCCGCCGGCCGGCGCCACCAACGGCGUCAUCCGCGGCUACAAGGUCAUGUACGGACCCAGCAGCACCUGGUACGAUGACAGUACGAUCGACAUGGCCAAGUCGACGAGCACCGAGACUCUGCUGACGGGUCUGAAAAAGUACACCGAGUACAACAUCACCGUGCUGGCCUACACGGGCGGCGGCGACGGGCCGCGCAGCCGAUCAGCCAUCUGCCGCACAGAGGAGGACGUGCCCGAGGCGCCUGCGGCCAUCAAGGCGCUGGCCAUGUCGUCCGACAGCAUCCUGGUGAGCUGGCGGCAGCCGGAGAACCCCAACGGCAUCAUCAAACGCUACACCGUCUACUUCAUGGAGGAGGGCAGCCGAGAGCCGCAGAUGCACCGCGUCACGCCGUUCCAGCAGUCCUACCGGGCCAGCGGGCUGAAAAAGACGCAAAAUUACCAGUUCUGGGUGAACGCUGACACCAGCAUGGGCGAGGGGCCGCCCUCGAACAAGGUCACCGUCACACCCCGCAGCCAGGUUCCGGCCCGGAUCGCCUCGUUCGACGACGAGCUGACGGUGAACUUCCAGCAGGACGCCAAGCUGCCGUGUCUGGCCGUGGGCCUGCCGCAGCCGACCAUCGCCUGGCACCGCGACGGAAAGCCCUUCCAGCCCAACGACCGGAUGCGCAUCAUGCCCGAGGGCUCACUGCAGAUUCGCGGCGUGCAGCGCGGCGACCGCGGCGAGUACUCGUGUAUCGCCAAAAACCAGUUCGGACAGGACACCGUCUCCCACAAGCUGGUCGUCCAGGCGCCCCCGUACCCGCCCGAGGUGCUGCUGAUCGGAUCAUCCAACAACUCGAUCGAGGUGCGCCUCAAGCCCGACCCCAACGACUCUGUACCGCUGUUCGGCUUCACGCUGCACUACAAGGCCGCCUUCGGCGAGUGGGAGACCGUCCAGGUGCCCAAAAAGGCGCGGUCGUUCACCCUGGAGAGCCCCUGGUGCGGAACCAAACACCAGAUCUACGCCACCGCCUUCAACGGGGUGGGUCCCGGCGAGCAGUCUGCUGGUGGUCCCGGCGAGCAGUCGGCCGUGCUCACCACUCGCACCAAGGGCCAGGCGCCGACCAUGCCGCCGGCCGACCGCUUCCUGCGCAUCCAGGCCAAGAGCGUCGAGCUGCACCUCAACACGUGGAAGAACGGCGGCUGCCCGAUCCUCUACUUUGUCGUCGAGUACCGCAAACG